UAUAUGAAAGAAUAGUGAGGGAAAUUCUCGAGAGUAUUUGACGCCUUAUGGGGAUGAAAGGUCGGACUGCUUUUGAACUUUCGAGUAAUAGAAGGGGCCUUUUGUUCAUACUUGUUAAGAAAAGCGGUGAGCUAGCUUUAUCGGUUGAAGAUGCAGAGAAAGAGUGAUUCAGCUUCAUUUGAUGCGUGUUUCUGCAGAUCGUUGUCUGGGUCGAAAAUCUGAACAGAGAAAGGGCAACAUUAGCAUUUGGUGAGAGGAAAACUGCCUCGCAUUGUGCAUUAUUAAAAAUGGGAAAGUUAUGCUGCUUUCCAAAAUUUAGGUUAGCCAGAAUAAUGGGCUGGCUUCAGAUUGUACUGGGAGGGCUUGUUAUAAUUGUAAGCAUAUCGAGUCUCAUUAGGUUCUACUCAGCCGGAUUUUUCUCACCCUAUGAAGAUAUGUGCCGGAAAUUUUCUGGCAUGAAGGAUGAUUAUGAUGAUGGUUUUGACAUAAAAGCAUUGUCUGAUCGAGUCGGUGAAGUACUGAAUAGGAUGGAAAGCUUGCAAGAAAAGCUCGAGUUGAAAGUAAAACAAAUGGAGAGAAACAAAGCGGACUUGUUUAGAAAUAAUAUCACUAGAUUUGAGUAUAAGAAGUAUUUGGAAGAGGAAGUUAUUGGACCUCUUUACAAGGCUCACAUUGCUCUUAGACAGAUUCGGCUGCCGAAAGUUGAAGGGAUUAGGAACUCGACGAUGAAGGAGGAACCUUUGAUUAAUACUUUUGUGAUUGAGGAGAUUAGGAAGUACAUAACCCCAAAAGAGAAUAAACUUGGGAAGAUUAACAUAUAUGGGUCAGAGAGGAUACACAACACGAUUGGGCAUGCAUGCGUCUUAUUUAAGAAAGAACUGGAAGAGUAUAUGGAUUAUGACAUUGGUUCUUAUUGCAAAGAUGAUUGGAACUUAGCUCAGAGGCUUAUGGUCAAUGGUUGUGAUCCUUUGCCUAGAAGACGGUGCUUGACACGGGCCUCCAAGCUUUACCAAAAACCGUAUCCAAUCAAUGAGUCUUUAUGGAGAUUACCAGAUGACAGAAAUGUAAGGUGGAGCAAUUACCAGUGCAGGAACUUUGAGUGCUUGUCGAGCAAGAACCCCAAGCGGGGUUAUUCUAAGUGUGUUGGGUGUUUUGAAAUGGAGAAGGAAAAGCUAAAAUGGGUGACUAAUAGCUCACUUCCAGUAGAUUUUUUGAUAUCUGAUGUUUUGGCAAUCAAGCCUGGGGAGAUGAGGAUAGGUCUUGACUUUGGUAUUGGUACAGGGACCUUUGCUGCAAGGAUGAGAGAACACAAUGUCACGAUUGUCUCAACUGCUUUAAACCUUGGGGCUCCUUUCAACGAGAUGAUUGCACUUAGAGGUUUAAUCCCUCUGCAUAUGACAUUGAACCAACGCCUUCCAUUCUUCGAUAAUACAAUGGAUUUGAUUCAUACAACUGGAUUCAUGGAUGGCUGGAUUGACCUGCUGUUAAUGGAUUUCAUCCUGUUUGAUUGGGAUCGGGUUUUGCGGCCAGGAGGGCUGCUAUGGAUUGACAGGUUCUUUUGCACUAGAAAAGAUCUAGAUGAUUACAUGUACAUGUUUCUGCAGUUCAGAUACAAGAAGCACAAGUGGGUUGUUGGUCCCAAAUCAAAGGAUGAGGUCUAUCUCUCAGCAGUGUUAGAGAAACCACCAAGAGCCAUUUAAUCAGAUUACGUUUCUUGCUUUCUAAUUUGUAACAUGCAUUGACCUGAUGUUGUUAAAAUACAUGUUUGUAACCCCAAUCUUGUUUGUGGACUUGAUACACUGUAAAAGAAAAAAGAAAAUCUCACAAAUGUGGUGCACACUAGUACUCUUUGUUUGCCAAAAUUCAAUGUUGUUUUAUUCUGACUGGGAAUUGAA